AUGUCGGUGUCAGAGAUGCUCGCGCUUCCAGUGUCCGAGAAGCAGGCUCAGCGCGUGUAUCAUUUGUCGAAGGGUGGCAAGAAGCGCAAGUUCAAGCUCCGCCUCAUGGGGUCUACGACCGAGGCGGUUCGUUGCGAGCUCUGCAAGCACACGAGCAAUUCGGAGGACCCUUUGUACCCAGGCUACGAGAGGGAGUGGGCUUACUACAAGGCCAACGGCGAGCCGGAGGGGGUGGUGUGUUUCUAUUCUUCGGUGGCCCACCGAACCCGCUUCAAAGCUUGGACGCGGGAUGAGUUGAGCAAGGACGUGGACGGUAACGAGGAAAAGCAGGAGGAGUUCCUCAAGAUCGAGCAGGCGGUGAUUGCGCAGAAGCGAAAUGGGAACAUUGAGCUCGACAUGGCGUCCCUGCCAGCGCCGAUCCUAAUCGUCAAGCUGACCGUCAAGUCAGAGAUUUCUUUCCUCAAGCCGAAGACGAGGCUCGUGACUGAGGAGGCCUUCAAGAACCGUGAAAGCAAUCCUAAGAAGCUGUCGUUCAAAGAUGCGGGCAUGCUGAAGCUGGUCGGCAACUACGAGGUCGAGCCAGGAGUCUGGAAGAGAGGCUUCAUGGAGCUCAUCGGCGAGGAGGGCACCUACGAAAUCGAGUCCAAGUUCACCAAGGGGACACAGAAGGAACACCUACUCGACGACGGACGCCCCACGAUCGACGAGGGCCAGAUCGCCGCCAACUUUCAUCAGGCCGCGAAGAAGGGCAGCAACGCUGCGGGAUCUUCAACCAUGGCGGCGAAUAAGGUUAACGACGUGAUCCAAGCGGCGAUGGCACGCAUGGCGAAGCCGGAGGACUCGGGAGAAGUCGAUGUGAAAAUGGAGGGCAACGAAGCCCAGGAUGAUGACGAGGCCAUGGGCGAGGAUGAGGACGAAGAGAUGGCCCAAGAGGUGGCCGCAGAAGCCGCUCUCGGAUUCUUCGGAAGCGAACGCCCCGCCAAGCAGUUCGGCAAGAGCGCCAAGAAGCUGAAGCGCACUGCCGAAGAGGACGUGAAAGAGGCAUCCGGCUCGUCCAAGAAGAAGGCGAAGUCUGAGGCCAUCUUGGUGGCGACCAGGGAGAAGGGCGAAAAGGAGAUGAAGGAGGUGUGCAUCAAGUUCUACAAGGGCCAGUGGAACCCAGGCCCCCUUGCCAAUAAGAAGAAGGCGAUGCAGAAGUCCUUGGCUAAAGUUCAGACUGACGUCGAAGGCCGGGUAGACGAGGCAGCUGUGCGCGCCCUGGGUGCUUGGACGGUGCUCGUGGAUGUUAUCGAUCGCAUACUUGGUCUCCUCCACUCAAUGGCGGCCGUUAAAGCCGUGCUCGGGAGCACGGGGAAGUUGCGCGGCAGUAUGGAUAAGCAGGCGAUCAGUGAUUUCAUCUCCGAGAUGGUGCAAGCGAGGCAGAUUCGGGAGCUUCUGGAUCACAUGCCCUCGUCCUUCCACGAGCUGGACUUCAAGAUGUCGGCCUGGCGUGCCAUUGAAGAGAGGUCCUUCGGCGCAGCAGUGAAAAUCGUGUCGCUGGCUCACAUUCGGAGCGUCACGGGCUCGCAGACGGCCCCCGACAUCUUGUCGGGGAUGCAGAGGUCCGUGAUGGGCAAGCUCGUUCAGGAGUGCGCUGGGGGUAGGGACUCCAAGGAGGCAGAGGAGAGCAUUCGCGGCCUUGUGACGACCUUGAACGAGGCCGCCUGCAGCGCUGAUCACGAGGAUAGCUUCAUGCUGCCUGACCUCCUCCGCGAUAUCCGCAUCAUCAAGACCUUGCUCGAUGCUUCCAACGGCCAGGGCUCCGAACAAUUGGAUGCGACGAUUGCUUCGGCGAAGGCCUCGUCAUCCGGAGCGUUGUUCCACUUCCGGGUCUCCCCGCUGGGCACUAAGGUGCUGACAGCAUUGGCCAAGGCGUCGCAGCAGAAGCGCAGCACAGAGGUCUUCGAAAGGCGCUGGACGCAGGCUUCGCAUGACAUGCAUCAGCUCGCGUCGCUGAGGUGGGCGCCGAUCUCAAUCGUCGACUCCGUGGCGGCGGCAGCUGAGCAAUUCAGACGGGUUGCGGAUAAUCGUUCUUUCCUGCAGACCGCUCCAGCCACUUUCUGGACGCAAGAGAAGGGGGAGGAAAUCGCAGGGUACGAGGUUGCCAUCACGAAUGAGUUGCUGCCAGCCUUUGGCUGUUCUUUCAUGACCAUGAGCCUCGGGCCCAUCAGCGAGCUCAUCACCAUGUACGAGGAUUUACCCGAAGAUGAGGCUAUCAUUCCAGCCAGCUUCUCGGAGCAUUUGAACGCGUUGAAGGAGUCGUGCAAGGCGGUCCUCGCAGUUCUGGAGCCGCAGGCGAUCGGGAAGCUGAAGGAGCCCAUCACAGGCAUGAGCAAGGCACUGAACUGCAUGAUCGGCAUCUUGGAUUUCGCGGGUUUCAAGGUCAACACCAAGGCUGCUCUCAACAAUAUCGAGAUCAGCGAGUGCAUCGCCUUCGCGAAGGAGCGCGCGUCAUUGUGCAACGAGGCCGGGGACAACUUGGACCUGGGUGGCGGGAUUCGGGAUCGCCUCCAUCUGCCGAGGGCCGCCUCUGGCCCAGAAGCCGCCGUCCUGGGUCAAUGGGCGCGCGUACUCGACGAUAUCCAGGGGGAGCUUUCGAGUAGAGCCAACAACGUACUCCAGGAGGCGUCGACCAACUUUGCGCACAGCCUUCUUCAUUUCGCCCCCGAGUUCAAGACUUUGUGCACAAAGGUGAAGGGCGAGGCGGCGACGUUCAAGGUCGAGGAGAUAUUCUGUCCUAUCGAUUUCGAGUUCGGCAACUUGCAAGGCAUCUUCAACUUGGACGGCGUCGUGGCACUCGUCCAGAAGCUGUCGCAGCAUACGCGCGCCGAGAAUCGCGAGACCGAGCUGCGCAGCGCGCUACGAGUCUGGACGGAUGGGCACCAGCUUCGAGAAGUCCAACUUGCUGCUCGUUACAGUGAUGCGCACGUCACGUUCUUCCGUGCCUUGGAUACGUUCCGUUCGACAGCGGUGCAAUCUUGCCCCGCGGCCAUGUGCCAUAAAGCAGCAUUCAGCGCGCCGAAGAAGCCACCGCAGAAGGCUACGGGCUCGAGCGGCUCCAGCCAGAGCGCAGAGGGGGAGAAGAGCAUCGUGAACGCGUCGUUGGUCAACCUCAUCGUGGAGAUCCACAAGGAGGCACAGAAAUUGUCCGACCUGGGCGCGGUCGAGUUGAAGGCGUUCUUCGAGGGCGACGACCACAAGGCUCCUUUGCUGAACGGCGAGGCCAAGACUAAAGCGACGGCGUCGAUCCUUGGUCUUACCAGCUCCCUGGCUUGGAGGUGGACGGCUGCGCUGGACGCCGGGAAUGUUUCGAUGAAGGAUCUGAUGCCGAAGGGCGAUUGGCAGGGCAAGGCCGUCGAUGGCAUUGACGAGACGUACUGCAAGGACUCGCUCCUGAAGAACCCGAACCACAUCCGCAUGGCGCAGUUGUGCGAGUGGUUGGAGGGCAAUCUCAGAGACAUCAAGGAUGCCUUCACUAAGAUGCCCGAGUUGUCUGAGGAAUCAGCCACCGAGUCCAAGAAGGCGAUGGAUGCGGCGGAAAAACACAUCAGCAGCGUGAAGUUCGUAGUUGCGUCAGCGGUGGUCCUCCAGGUUCUGUUUGUCGGGAAUGGCGCCACCGCCACCAAGAAGGACGACCGCCAGAAAAUUAAGACGGAGCUGGAGAGCACACUUCAGAAGUCGAAGAUCGAGAUGUCCACUGGCCUGAAUAACUACCUGGUGGAGUGGGCGACCAGCGACGCAGCCCCAAUCUUGGACCAUUGA